AUGGAGCAAGAACUCAUCGAACUCCUUCUAGUCGCCAAGAAAGCCUUAUCUACUGGACAAGCUAUAUGUGCUCAAGCCAAUGAGCUCUCACAGGAAUCGGACCGACACGUCGAAGUUAUUGAACGCACUUGGGCCAAGAUUCUCUUUGUACGCAACCAUGUGCUCAUUCAGCUUAGUACCCUCGAGCGCAUUCGCGAAUUUCUUUCAGUCAAGAUCGAUGAGGUUCGCAGCUGCAUUCAGGAUCGUGAAGAGAACUUGGCCGAGGUAUCAUUGAACCUGCAAAACAUCUUUCGUGUCCUCAAGGGUUGUACAAUUGAUCCAGGGAUCAUGGCCAUCAAUACACAGCAAAACGAUCAGAGGAAACAGCAUGCCACGUUGUUCGAUUACAUCGACCAUCAGUCAGUGUUGGAUAUACAAAAACAGGCGGAUGAUGAGAUUGGUGAUAUCGAGAACCUCUACUCUUCCUUGAUGACGACAGCCAAGUCGCUUUCGGUGACCAUAUCUGAGCUCGCAUCCAUGCAAGAAGCAGCACUAUCGAUUUCAUUGGACAAGUCAGCCUCCGCAUUCUCAGAUGACAAGGCACAGAUACAAGAAAUUACCAUUGCAAAAAUGGCAGAUAUCUUGACCAGCUUGACCAAUCAUUAUAUACAACUCGGUGAAGCAACAAGGUUAUGCCAAUCAGAGCCCAAUGCCCCAUUGGAUAUAUCAGUAUUACAAAAGGACCACGAGCAAGUACCACGGAUUUUGGAUGACUUGAGGGAAUCUCUGGAAAUUGUUGAAUCUAUCAGUGAAGAAAUCCGCGUACGAAUGCAAGUUUAUUUAUCAGUACAAGAUGAGCUAUUGAAGGUCCUUGCCCAUCAAGAAAAGUUCAGUACACCUGGAGGUCAAGCUGAUACGAUAUGCGACAAAAUGGUCAAUGCCGAGGCCGAGAUGAAAACGCAUGAGCAAAAGCUUGCCGCUUAUUUCAAAGAGUUGACAUCAUUAGCAGAAUGGUACCAGGUUUAUGCAGCAUCCUACAGUCAUCUUGUGUUGGAGAUUGAAAGGAGGAAGAAGGCUACCGAGCGACAAGAAGAACUCGUCAAAGAGCUUACACAAUCGUUUGAGGAUGCAUACAAUGAUGAGUACCAAGAGCGACGGCGAUGGUUUGCGCAACAUGGUAGUUUCUUGCCAGAAGGACUUUGUCAAUUCAUGACGGAUCCACCAUCUCGUUUAUUUGUGCACAUUGAUGAGCAAUCCCGAAGGCUACCUGAUUUAUCUCCAUCCACGGUUAAAAAGGCACUUGCCGACAUCCAUGAUCGAUCCACGACCACUUCUUAA